AUGCCUAAAUUCUCGGGCAAACAUACCGAUUGGCCGAGUUUCAAUGAUUCAUUUACUCGUUUAGUGCAUCAAAACCUCGCAUUGGAUACAAUUCAGAAAUUAAAUUAUUUAAAACAAGCAUUGCCACCGAAUCACGAUAGAGACAUUCAUGAGAUGCCGUUAACCGAAGCUUCCAAUCGCGCCGCAUGGGAUUUGCUCGUUAAACGGUACAACAGUCCACGAAUUCUGUACAUGCACCAUUUGAACACACUCUACGCGUUGCCGGUGCUACAAAAGGAACGUGCAGUCGAUAUCAAGUCGGUGUUGAACGCAGCAAAUGUGUGCAUAACGGCAUUUCGACGUCUGAAUAUUCCAAUCGAUGACUGUGACCAUUGGAUUGCCCAUUUGAUCGCGACCAAAUUGCCGACUGAAACUCAUCACGAUUGGGAGCAUCAUUGGGGCAGCCACAGUGAAAUUCCAACAUUUUCUGACCUUGAAAAAUUUCUAAAUGACCGUUUAUUCACUUUAGAUGUGAUUGAGAGCCGAGGUACCGUACACUCGGUGUCGAUGAUGAAACCCGUGCAUGACUCACACAAAGUCUCGAAUACACAUGCGAAUGACUCGAAACAAGUGAAACGAAACAAGAAUUUUGAACGGAAAUCGUUUCACACAACCACGGCUCGAAACUCAAACACCAAUGGAAACAGUAAUCCGACGGAAAAUUGUCCAGUGUGUAACGGCACUCACGUUGUUCGCCGUUGUCCAACAUUCAUCGCAAAGGAUUGCUUCGAAAGAAAGGCACUCGCUGAUCGUCUAAAGCUUUGCCUUAAUUGUUUGAGUCGCCAACACCUAAUUGCACAAUGCGGUAGCGCCAAGAACUGUCUUCAAUGCGGCCUACGGCAUCACACAAUGCUGCAUUUUCCCGUUACUUCAUCGAAUAGCGCUGCGAGUUCAACGAAUAACGCCGCGAGUUUCACAAAUACCGCCGUUCCAGGGAGACCAGCACCAAAUCAGGCGAGUAACUCAUUUUCAAAUCCUGAAAUGCGAACACUCGCAACAAAUGUUUUUUCGACCAUUCAUGCUCCAAAAUCUGUCUUGCUCGCGACAGCUCUCAUCCCAGUGGAAAACGUGAAAACCGGUAAAGUCACCGUUUUACGUGCACUCAUCGACGACUGUUCAGAAGGCACGAUUAUAUCCGAGCAUGCCGCCAACGUUUUGGGUCUUCGACGAACAUCUGCCAUCACCGAAGUCAACGGCGUCAGCCAAAACCAUGCUGGAACUAGCAACGAAAUAGUUCAGUUUGCAUUGCGAUCCAAUGUACAUCGAGAUUAUCGAGUUUUUGUCGACUUAGCCAUCGUAAUGAAAGUCGUCACAUCUGAUUUGCCAAGCCGACGGGUUACGCCCCAAGAUUGGCCACACAUUCAUGGAUUAGUGUUAGCUGAUCCAACUUACUUCGAACCAGGGAAGAUUGAUCUGCUCAUCGGCUCAGAAUGGUCUGCAUCGAUCAUGUUACCAGACACACGCAUCGGUCAACCAAAUCACCCAAUCGCUCGAAAUACAUACUUUGGGUGGAUUUUGCAUGGCCAGACAGCAUCAAUUUCCAAACCAAAUUCAGCUAACAAUCAAAAGGUCACCAUACGGACUCAUCACACGUCCAUAGAUCUCAGCGCAUUAUUUCACGACUUCAUCGAAGCUGAAAAAAUAUCGCAAGAGAAAUCGCAUACCGAAGAGGAAAAAUGGUUUAUGGAUUUCUUCAAACAAACGCAUCAUCGUCAACCCAAUGGAAAAUACAUG